AGCAGCGCGAGCUCCUCAGCUGUUUAAAUCUCCGAAACCGGGAUUCUUCCUUUUAACUGUGGUCCGGCUUUUACACAGCUGUUUGCGUGUUUUUCUGCGUGGUUUGUGAGUUUUUCUGCUGUUUUGCGUGUUUUUCCCGGUCGGAGGGGGAUGUAAGUGUCGGGUUGCGGUUAGACAUAGAGUGUUGUUGAGCUGUUGAACCGGACAGAGGAACCGGACAGACCGGGUAACGAUGCCGCAGCUGACGGCUCUUCUCCUCCUCACUCUCUGCCUGAACCUCCACACAUGCCGGGCUGUCCCUGCUGAGCUGCCCGGCCUCAGCACCGAGCCGCCCGGCCAGCUCAGCCGCACCGACCCGCUGCAGGAUGAGGAGCCGGGGGUCGGUGCGGAGCCCGGUGCGGGAGGGGUGGCCAGCUGCGGGCCGUGUGAACCGGAGCUUUGCCCGGAGACGCGGGGCUGCAGAGCCGGUCUGGUGCGGGACUCCUGCGACUGCUGCAAGGAGUGCGGGAACCUGGAGGGACAAGCCUGCGACCCGGGGGACCGCAGCGUCUACUACGGGCUGUGCGGGACCGGGCUGCGGUGCCAGGCGGACCCUCGGCCCACAGAGGGAGGAGGAGGAGAAGAAGGAGGGGAGGAUGAAGAGGAGGAGGUGUGUGUGUGUGAGCAGCAGGACCCGGUGUGUGGAAGCGACGGAACCACAUACAUGAACCUGUGUCAGUUCAGAGAGGCCGCCUUCAACAGACCCGAACUCAAGACCAAAGGGAAGGGGCCCUGCAAGACAGUUCCUGUCAUUAAGGUUCCUCCUCAGAGUCAGGUGAACGGGACCGGCAGCAGUCUGGUUUUCCUCUGUGAGGUUUUUGCGUUUCCGAUGGCGUUGGUCGAGUGGAGGAAAGAAGGACGAGACAUCAUCCUGCCUGGAGACGAUCCUCACAUCUCUGUGCAGUCUCGGGGCGGUCCUCUGAAAUUCGAGCUCUCCAGUUGGCUGCAGAUUGAGGGGGCGGAGCCAGAGGACUCAGGAACCUAUCGCUGCAUUGCUCGUAACAACCUGGGCUCCGUCUCCGCCUCUGCUGUGCUCGGAGUCCUCGGAGCAGAGGAGCUGUCGUCCUACCUGGCCAACAGCGUUUCAGAGAUGAAGCAGCUGAUGGACGCCACAGACUACGACCAGGACUUCUACUGACACACAUGAUGUCACUUCCUGUCACCCAGCGCCGUUUGGCGUCCCCUCCGUCCAGCUGUCCUCAGACUGAGCAGCAGAGACAGUUCACAUCACACAGCUGGUGGAGUCCACAGACUUUUGACCAUUUUGUCUCUGUGAUGAUCAGAGACAUUCGGAGGUCACAUGAUGAGCUGCAGAUGCCGGUUCAGUACUUAAAUAUUAAAAUAUUAAAAUAAUAUUUGUAUCAGUGUAUUCUAACAUUAUUGUGACAUCACACGGGGCGUGACACGCAGACUCAGCAUGUUGAACGUGUUGUAGAUGUCGCAGGUUCGAGCCUGAGUCGCCUCUGCCGGUGUGAAACUGAAACUUUUAUAUAUAAUUCAUAAUAAA